AUGAGGAAGAAGGCGCUGCUGCGCACGGCGCGCCUUCUUCCAGCCAGCACGCCCCAGGUUGCGCUGCGGCAGAACGCCCAGGUGGCACUGCUUCAUUUCUUCUCCCCUGAGGAUCGCCCUCCCUACAAAGAAAGUCGUCGCGUCCGCAGAAACAAAAGGAGCAAAACCAGCGAAGGCUCAGAGGGCACAAGUUCCUCUAAAAAGAAAAAAGGCAAGAAAGCCGGCCCUCCAGGACCUGCUGGGCCCCAAGGCCCCCCCGGCCCCCCCGGACCCCAAGGGCCUCCUGGAAUUCCAGGGAUCCCCGGUAUACCAGGCACCACGGUCAUGGGCCCUCCUGGCCCUCCAGGACCUCCCGGCCCCCAGGGCCCUCCCGGGCUGCAGGGCCCUGCUGGUACCACAGAUAAAGCAGGACCAAGAGAGGCUCAGCCAGCGGUGGUUCACCUUCAAGGACAAGGGUCAGCCAUUCAAGUCAAGAAUGGUGGAGUCCUCAAUGACUGGUCUCGUAUCGCGAUGAACCCCAAAGUGUUCAAGCUGCACACCCGCAGCGGGGAGCUGGAGGUACUGGUGGACGGCACGUACUUCGUCUAUAGUCAGGUGUACUACAUAAACUUCACAGAUUUUGCUAGCUAUGAGGUGGUGGUGGAUGAGAAGCCCUUUUUGCAAUGCACACGAAGCAUUGAGACUGGCAAGACCAACUUCAACACCUGUUACACCGCUGGGGUUUGUCUCCUCAAAGCCCGCCAGAAGAUCGCAGUGAAGAUGGUCCAUGCUGACAUCUCCAUCAACAUGAGCAAGCACACGACCUUCUUCGGAGCCAUACGGCUGGGAGAUGCACCAGCAUCCUAAAGAAGUCGACACGUGAGGAGAAGGCUUCCCAAACUGCAUGGUGCUAGUCUUCAGAGGAGUUGUAUGUGGCUGUCUAACCCCUGAGAAGCCGUGGGGAGAAUUGAGAAGAGAUAUUUACUUGUUAAUGUAAACGCAGGAAGGAAGAGCGUGGUUUUCCUGCUGCUCACAUGAGCGUAGUACUGAAAGACAAAUGCGGAGCUUUUAGAGAGGGGAGGCCGGUAUGACCUUCCUCACUGCAGGACUUGUAAGUCACUCACGACUUGUCUUGCUUACCUGUUGCACUAACAAGAAUAGCUAUCACAGAAUCCCCUUAAAAAGUUGCUUGUGAAUGCACUUAAGUACAUCAGAGAAAGCAAGAGGAUUGGGGGGGUUCACUUAUCUGCAAAGCUGAGAAAAUUCUUUUGUGGGGUAAUGAUGCCCUGUGGCUGGGGGUGCUGGGGAGCAGGACCCAAAUAGCGUGGACAAUUUUUCAGUGGACCAAGUGCUUCUGGGCAGACUCCAAAAGUACACAGUGCGUCUGUGGGUAACAGAAGAGCACUGCAUUUGUCAACAAAACAAAAUGCUCUCCAGGAAGCUAGUUCGUGAGAACACUCGUUUUUACAGGAUCACAGUAGUGAUUCCAGCAAAGUCCAAGCCCCCCCGCAGUAGCCGUUCAUGCAAAAUAGGUAGAUGGCUACGUAUGUUGCAUGUUGUGUUGCUACAGGCCUCUGUAUAUCCAUGUGUGUUGUGUUGGCAGUCAGUCUGUCUUGAGCAUGGGAGCAACAGCUGGAGCUUGUCCACAGAAAUCUGUUCUGAUUGGUGGGCUGAGCCACAGGUCAAGCAAACAUGGGGUGAACGUUGCCCAGCGAUCUUGCAUGAUACCAUCAUUGACCAGAUUUCCCAGGACAGAUGUUUUAGGAGGGAAAUGGACAAAGACUCAGUUGUGGAAGUUCUUUCUGAGGAUGUUCUUGGGAUGGAAAAGCAGCCCUGUGAGCAGAGGAAAAUUGGAUUUUAGCUGAGCCACCAAUCACAAGCGCCUUGCUACGGCAGAUGCUUUCAGCUUGUAAGCGGCUACCCAAGAAUGAUUUGCUUAAGUGCCUUUGAUACAGAUCCUGUGAGAGCCGCCCUAAUAGGCACUGCUGAGACUGGCAUGCCACAGAGCCACUUUCCGGGGAUGCCCCUGUGAUAACAAGGUUGGCGGAGUGGCUAGAAAGCAUGUUGAACGGAAUAGACCAGUAUAAUUACAAGCUCGUUCAGCCCUGUUCCAGUUCUCAAAAAACACGGCAUUUUUCUUUUCCAGCUGACAGCAGCAUUAGCAAGACCAGUUAAGCUGGUCUAGCCUAUGUGGGCCCUUGUUCCAACCUGUGGCACCUCCCAGUUCCCAAAGCAAAGUGAGUUGGAGGCACUCUGGCUUACAGCUGGGAUUCUACACAAAGUAUAGAGUGUGGAAAGCCCUUGCUUGAGUGCUAAGAUGAUGCGGACUGAGGUCAGUUGCCAGAUUUUACUUGCUGAGUAUGUUGACAUCUUCAGAACUCUGUUUUCAUGCUGCCUCUUACAUGACAAGCAGCCCAUCUUUCAGGGUCCAGAGCUAGAUAAGGUGUUGGAUGCUGUUUGAUUGGUCAGCACCCUUAUUAACAACAUUCUCUGUACAUAAUAUAUAUAUAUAGACAGAUAGAUACAGAUAGAUACAUAUAAAAUGUAUAUAAAUGUGGAUGUAACUUUAUGUAAAUUGUUGGUAUUUUCAUUGCAAAUAAAACUUUUCAGACACA